AUGGAUCCCCACGACAGAUUCAGCAGCAGCCUAUUACGCCAGAUCGUCAAGGUCCGUUCUCCGGCCGCCACCGCGGGCUCCAUGCCCUCCUCUCGCGGCCUAACCCUCGCCGGCACCGUCAUCGCCCUCACCGUCGCCACCCCGCUGCUCGUGAUCUUCAGCCCCGUUCUUGUUCCCGCGGCGAUCGCGGUUUUCUUGAUCACGUCCGGGUUCGUGACCUCCGGAGGGUUCGGGGUGGCGGCGCUGUCGGUGCUGGGCUGGAUGUACAAGUAUCUGACCGGGAAGCAUCCGGUGGGGGCGGACCAGAUCGACCACGCGAGGGCGAGGUUCGCGGCGAAGGCGAGGGAUAUUAAGGAGGGGGCGCAGCACCGCAUCGAUCAGUCUCAGGCCCAGGCGUCUUAGAUCGGAUGGAGCUGAUGAUGGUGGCUAAUUAAGGCUUUGUUGUUGCUGUUGUUGGUUGUUGUUUUUGUUUUGUGUCUCUGUGCAUGCAUGCUUUUGGUGUCCGUAGUAGUAAGUUGAUAAUGUUUGAGAUGGGAUCUG